AUGCACUCCCUGUCGAUCUCCAUCUUCGUUUGGAGACUGCUGGCCAACCGGAUCCCUGUCGACGCGAAACUACAAUGGAGAAAAGUGGAGCUAGCAUCAAAAUGCAGGUGUUGUCGAUACCCGGGGAUUGAAACUAGGGAACACCUCUUCCUUCAGGGGGAAGUGGCAACACAAGUAAGGAGCAAUAUUGAAAACUGGUUUCCGAAUCUGCCUAGGUGGAAUGCAGCCAACAUUAAUCUUGAGAAACGAAUCAAAUUCUGGCACCGUUGGUUGUGCAGGUCCAAUAAACCUCAUGUAAGCUUUAUCAUCCCAUGUCUGACAUUGUGGGUCAUUUGGUCGGAGCGAAAUGGAAAAAUACAUCGAGGCACGCUUUUCUCCGCAGAGAUCGUGAUGAAUCAGAUCAGACAGCAUCUGCAGCGCCUAACCACAUCUGGGAGGCCCGGGAAAGAACAGUGGAGGGGAUGUUCCAUCCCUAAGGAGAUUAGCGUAUCCGCCUGGAGGGAGAAGCCGAGUAAGCGGCCCAGAUUUGUUAGAUGGUUUCUGCCGGAUGUAGGUUGGAUUAAGAUUAAUACCAUGGGGAAGUGGUGUACAGCGGAAGCAGGGGCGGGAUGUAUCAUCCGGGAUAAAGAUGGGAACAUGAUCAGAUGUUUCGCCUCAAAAAGCAACGCAACAUCUCACCUCGAGGCGGAACUUCAAGCCAUUGGUCUGGGUUUGGAUAUGGUGGGGACUGGAAGUCAAAGGAUUUGGAUUGAGAUGGGAAACUCUGAGGCUGUAGAUAUUCUGAUGGCAAAGAAGCAUGGAGCAGCCACUCUACGCCAUCAAGUCUCAGAAAUUGACAUUGUGGGUCAUUUGGUCGGAGCGAAAUGGAAAAAUACAUCGAGGCACGCUUUUCUCCGCAGAGAUCGUGAUGAAUCAGAUCAGACAGCAUCUGCAGCGCCUAACCACAUCUGGGAGGCCCGGGAAAGAACAGUGGAGGGGAUGUUCCAUCCCUAA